ACGUAACAUCCGUUAUAAUCAACGCUUCGUUGAACAGCUUGGUGUUAUAUUGUUAUUAACGUUUUAAAACACGUUUAGCACUUUCAGGGAGUCUAUUGCAAUCAUCCAGACGUAUUUUAUUGGAAAUGGCAAAGGGAAUAUACACACAGGGUUAAAACUAUAUGAAAAGUAAUUAUUUUAAGUAAUUGAUGUUUUCACUAAUUGGGGAAAAUCUCAGUGUCGUAUUGGUGAAAUAAAAACGUAUCCAAAGAUUUCCUUCCUUCUCAACCAAGUCAACAAACUGACUUGUGAAGUCUCUAUGUGGUAACGGUGAUGGCAACAUGCCCAUAUCACCAGUUCUAAAGUUCAACAUCAGCAGCACCACCAUAGUAUAGGAGUAGUUGGAGUGACUUUUCUCCAGAACAAUAAUGGCCACGUACUCUCGGCUCCCGGGAUCCGUUGCUCUGAUAACGCUUCACAAUCCACCUGUCAAUGCGCUCAGUGCAGCGGUGCGACAGGGCAUAGUGGACGCAGUGCAGAGGGCCCUGAAGGACCCAAAGGUGACAUCUGUAGUGAUCUGUGGACAGAAUGGGAAGUUCUGUGGAGGGGCGGACAUCAGGGAGUUUGCGGGGCCGAUGUUGGGGCCCCCCCUGGUGCCCAUGAUCCAUGCUAUAGAGGCUGUGGACAAGCCUGUGGCUGCAGCCAUCGAGGGAGUAGCGCUGGGAGGAGGAUUGGAGUUAGCACUGGCCUGCCACUAUCGCAUUGCACACUCCAAGGCCGUUCUAGGACUUCCAGAGGUGACCCUGGGUCUGCUGCCAGGUGCAGGAGGUUCACAACGUCUGCCCAGACUCAUAGGGUUAACAGCUGCCCUGGACCUCAUCACUACAGGCCAGCCCCUGGACUCCCGUCGUCUGAGCACCCUGCCCUGCCCCUGCCCCCCAGACGUUGACUCCCUCUUGGACAAAGUCAUGUCCAAGGUCCGGCAGCGCUCCCGAGGUGCCCUGGCUCCGGUGGCCUGUGUUCGGGCUCUGAGGGCGGCUGCCUCUCUCCCUUACGCCCAGGGUAUGGAGAAGGAGAGGGAGCUGAUGGCCACCCUGUUCAACAGCGGCCAGGCCCGAGCUCUGCAGUAUGCCUUCUUCUCCCAGAGGGUGGUGGGGAAGUGGAGUCUACCUAGUGGGGCGAGAUGGGACAACAGCACCGCCAGGAUCAUCAGCAAAGCUGCUGUUAUUGGUCUGGGUACCAUGGGGCGUGGCAUCGUUGUGGCACUGGCUCUGACGGGCAUCUCUGUGGUUGCCGUGGAGACCCAAGAGAAGCAGCUGGCAGAGGCCAGUCGGGUGGUUCCGGCGAUGCUGCAGAGAGAGGCGGGGCGACGACGCUUGGCCACACCCCCAGGGGUUAUCUCCUUCAGCUCCAACUUGCAGGACGUUAGUGAGGUGGAAUUGGUGAUCGAGGCAGUGUUCGAGGUCAUGUCGCUGAAGCUGCAGGUGUUUAAGCAUCUGAGCUCGGUGUGUAGACCUGGGACCCUGCUCUGCUCCAACACCUCUGGCCUGGACAUCGACCAGCUGGCUGCCGUCACCCAGAGCCCUGGCCUGGUGGUGGGGAUGCACUUCUUUGCUCCGGCCCACGUCAUGAAGCUGCUGGAGGUGGUGUAUGGUCCGCGGUCAUCCCCGGAGGCAGUCGCCACGGCAAUGCAGCUGGGCAAGAGGAUGGGGAAAGUCGGCGUCGCCGUGGGCAACUGUCCGGGUUUUGUGGGUAACCGGAUGUUGAAGCCGUACCUGGAACAGGCCAACUUCCUGUUGGAGGAAGGAGCCACGCCCCGGCAGGUGGACGAGGCGCUGGAAGAGUUUGGAUUCCCCAUGGGCGUUUUCCGGAUGUCUGACCUAUCAGGGCUGGAUGUGGGCUGGAGGAUCAGGAAGGAGGCGGGGCUUACAGGGCCAGGGGUGGAGUCAACCAGGACACGCCAGGGACGACGGUACAGCCCGCUACCUGACCAGAUGUGCGAGGCGGGCCGGCUGGGCCAGAAGACGGGGAAGGGCUGGUACCAGUAUGACGGGCCUGGUGGCAGGGUGGCGCGGUCUGACCCCUGGGUACACAUCUUCCUGGAGACCUACAGGGCGGAGCACGGCCUGGUGGCCCGGAGCAUCACCCUGGAGGAGAUCCUAGAACGUUGUCUCUACGCUCUGAUCAAUGAAGGCUUCAACAUCCUGCAGGAUGCCGUAGCCGCCGGGCCGGAAGACAUCGACGCUAUCUAUGUGUUUGGGUAUGGCUGGCCCCGGCACCGCGGGGGACCCAUGUUCCAUGCAGACCAGGUGGGAUUGGGCAGGAUCCUGCAGAGGCUGAACCAACACAGCCACCCUGACGUGCCCCAUCUGAAGCCCAGCACGCUGCUGCGGAGGUUGGUCGCAGCGGGAAGUCCUCCGGUCCAGAAAUGGAGAGAGUUCAUCAAUAAAGAAAGAGUACACAGUCAACUCUGAGAUGGCCAAGUCACACCUGUCAAUGCAACCCUGUGAUUUAAAUAAUAUAUAUAUAUAGUCUCACAUUAGAGAUAUGCCUGUGGAUUUAUAGGGUAUCAGUGCCUUCAAUUGUCUUAGGAAAUGUGAGCUACUGUAAUAAAUACAUUCCCUAUCGUA